GUACUGUCUUUCUUGCCAUCAACAAAAUAUUUAUAUUAAUAUAAAUUCUUCCUCUCCAAAAGAAAUUUACCGUUGUUAAAUAUUGAAAACAUUUUACAUCAUGGAGAAAGAAAAUAUGAAUCAAGGUCCUGACCUAGAAAGAAUAGGACUGUUCAAAGAAAUGGGAUACAUACAUGAAUAUGUUCCAGUUAAAAUAUCUUUCAAUGAUUCGUCAAAGAAAGGAAAGCAGAUGAUGACUAACUGUACUAAAAGUAAAGCAGGAACUCAAGAUGGCUAUUUUGCCAAGGAGUAUCCUAGGGUGUUUGAAGGAGAAGCAUACACGGACCCUAUUCGCGCCAGAAGAAGAUCCCGCAUCGAACAGGCCCAGAAAUGUCUGCCACCGGGAUUUAAAUACUCCUCUCCCCCCAAAAAACCUUGCGGACUGGGUUCAAACUACGGAACAUUCACAGACUACGGUAAAAAAAUCGAAUAUUUCAGUUCGAAGGGACGAACGGCUGUGAAAGGUUCUCCAUCAAAGAAAAAUAUUUUAACGAAUCCUGCGAAGAAAGGAAGCGGAUAUGGGUAUCCUAAUAUCACAAUAGGGAAGCAGCCGCCUUACUUUUUAGAAGAAGAAUAUGAAGAACUGAAAAAUGCUCCGAGAGAACCCAAAAAACCGGAGCCUCGUCCUUUUGCACCAUACAGAGCAGGAAAAUUUCAGCAAGGAUACUUUGACCCUAAUCCGUAUACCUCUACCAAGGACAUACCUCCACCAGUUGUUGAAGAAGAAGAAACUGAAGAAACAGCCACAACUCCCUUUAUUCCAAGCAGUCCCGCUAAAAAGGAUGGCGGAAUGAAGGCUGGCUGUUUGAAUCAGUUCCCAGAGUACACAGGAGAGCCUCUUCCGAGACCUGAUUUGGUACCCAGAGGAGUUAAAAGGUACAUCAAUGCAGAAAACCAGAUGUUUCGUCCAGUACCUGGUCCCAAGCCGUACCCUGUCAAGUCAAUUAUCAACAAAAAUGUGCAAAAAAAAGUGAACCCUCUGAAUUUUAAAGCCAUUAAAGGUGUAGUAUAUUGCAAGAAAUAGCUUCAUUAUUUUAAUAAAAUAUAUCAAGCUGGAUGUACUGAAAAUACUUAAAAUUUAAUAAAUUUUAUUUUCAUAAAAAAGGGC